GGUUUCGCAUUACUUUCAAUUAUCACCCUAAAGGAAUGGGACACCAGUGACAACAUUACUAUCACUUAAUGAUUGUUAGCGAUUUUACAGUGCAGCAGUGACGUUUUAAAUAACAGUGCAUGACUUGGAAGAUGAAAUUUGAAAAUGAUUACAUUACCAGUAUUGCUACAACUCGCUGCUUUUUCCUCAUUCAUGUUGCAGUCGUCGUUUUCCCCCAGAUCAGAUACUUGAAUGGAGAACAAAGAAUGGUUUAUUUUCCAGUUGUUCAUAUUUAUUGCAACUUAAAUUGUUGCUUUAGCCAGACGAUUAUCAAGAUAUUCAAGUAACCAUAAGGCGUUAUCCAUUACAAAAACAAAAUAAAUAUGAAAACUAGUGUGAUUACAUUUAUUUUACUUAAUGUUAUUAAUUUUUCGUUGGUCUCUUCAAAAACAAAUGAUCGACUAAGACCUAUUUUUUUAAAUUUCUUUGCUGUAUAUGUACCUGCUGGGGAUAAAGUUGCAGCUAAUGUAGCUACCAAGUAUGGCUUCAACAAUCAUGGAAAGAUUGGAUCUUUGACAAAUUACUUCUUAUUUGAACAUCAAGAAUUGAAAAAGCGAUCAUUUUUUAUCAGUGGACAUCAUCACAAGGCUCUCCAAGAGGAAAAGCACGUUUUUUGGUUUCAACAGCAGCAUGAGAAAAAAAGAAAAAAAAGGGAUUUUUCAGACGAUCUAAAAAGUUCCAGUGAUUACCCAUUUGUUACUAAUUUGAGUUUUCGAAAAGAUGUUAAUUAUCGACAAAAAAAUCGUGGAUUCCCACUUCAAAAUAUAUUUACAGAUCCACUCUUUAAGGAACAGUGGUAUUUGAAUGGAGGUGCGAAAGAUGGUUUUGACAUGAAUUUGGGUCCUGCAUGGCAAAAAGGGUAUACUGGAAAAGGUGUUGUCGUCUCAAUCUUGGAUGACGGUAUACAAACCAAUCAUCCAGAUUUGGCUUUAAAUUACGAUCCUGAAGCUAGUACAGAUAUCAAUGACAAUGACGACGAUCCAAUGCCACGAGAUAAUGGAGACAAUAAACAUGGAACACGAUGCGCUGGAGAGGUUGCAGCUAUUGCAUUCAAUCGAUUCUGUGGUGUUGGUAUUGCUUACAAUUCUAGUAUAGGGGGUGUGCGCAUGUUAGAUGGUGCAGUAAAUGACGCAGUAGAAGCGCGUGCAUUGGGCUUGAAUCCGGAUCAUAUAGAUAUCUACAGUGCUUCUUGGGGUCCAGAAGAUGAUGGAAAGACAGUUGAUGGUCCAGGGCCACUGGCAAGACGUGCUUUUAUUUAUGGAGUGACUAGUGGUCGUCAAGGCAAAGGCUCCAUUUUUGUAUGGGCUUCAGGAAAUGGUGGUCGCCACAUUGAUUCAUGCAACUGUGAUGGUUAUACAAACAGUAUUUUUACUUUAUCCAUAUCAUCAGCUACACAAGGAGGUUUUAAGCCGUGGUAUCUCGAAGAAUGCAGUUCAACACUUGCUACAACUUACUCAUCUGGUACACCUGGUCAUGAUAAGAGUGUCACUACUGUAGAUAUGGAUGCUAGUCUACGUGAAGAUCACAUUUGUACUGUUGAACAUACAGGUACAUCUGCCUCUGCUCCUCUUGCUGCAGGUAUUGCUGCCUUGACUUUAGAAGCUAACCCAACACUGACAUGGCGAGAUAUGCAGUAUCUUGUUGUUCUUACGUCUCGUUCUCAACCACUAGAGAAAGAGUCUGGAUGGAGCCUAAAUGGUGUUAAGCGUAAGGUAUCACACAAGUUUGGUUACGGUUUAAUGGAUGCUGGUGCCAUGGUUACCUUAGCUGAACAAUGGAUCAACGUACCGGCUCAGCGUAUCUGUAAAUCACAAGAAAUAAGUGAGGACCGUCAAAUAGAACAUACUUAUAAUUAUACUCUGACAGUGUCUAUGGAUGUCAAUGGUUGUACGGGCUCUCUUAAUGAAGUUAAAUUUCUAGAACACGUACAAUGUAAGAUAUCAUUGCGAUUUUUUCCCCGAGGAAAUCUACGGAUUCUUCUCACGUCACCGAUGGGUACAACUUCUACUUUACUAUUUCAACGACCUCGAGAUGUUCUAAAUUCAAACUUUGAUGAUUGGCCUUUUCUUAGCGUACAUUUUUGGGGUGAAAAGGCCGAAGGAAAAUGGAUUUUGCAAGUAAUUAAUUCUGGAAACAGGCACGUCAACUCAGCAGGAAUAUUAAAGAAGUGGCAGCUCAUUUUUUACGGAACGGCAUCCAACCCAAUCAGAAUCAAAAGUCGUCAAAAUAAACCAGUUUAUUCAGCUCCUGACGCUAACUUUAAUUUGGAGCGUUAUUCAUUGUUUCAAGAGCGGGAGCAGCAGAGUGAUACAAUAGCUGCACCGGUGUUUGACCAUCUAAAUCCUGAGUUUUUUUCUUCUCGGCUUCAUAGUUACCAAGGUCCCUACACCGUAGCAGCAUCUCAACUUGAGGCGUCAAUGGCAUCCUUCGAUUCUUCAGAAUCUAUAAUGACUAAUCAUUUGCCCAUAGAAGAAGCGGUUGAAGCGCAAGAAAUAAAAUUUUCUACUUUGAGUAAGCCAAGACUCUCUUCUAAUUGUGAUCCUCAGUGUGAUAGUCAGGGUUGUUAUGGAAGAGAGCCAACACAGUGCGUCUCUUGCAUUAAGUUUCGUCUUGACAACUCAUGCGUAAGCCAAUGUCCUCCUCAAACGUUUGCCAAUUUACGUGGUGUCUGCUUGCCUUGUCAUCCAUCAUGUAAGACUUGUGUUGGUGCUGGCCAAGAUUCCUGUCUGUCUUGCGCUCCUGCUUAUUUGUGGGUAUCUGACUUGGCAAUUUGUCUUCAAUUUUGCCAUGAAGGCUAUUUCGAAAAUUCUAAAAAUGGUACAUGUGAGCCAUGUGAAGCAAAUUGUCAAAAUUGUUCAGAACAACCAGAUCAGUGCACGAGUUGUCAGCAUCAUUUAGUACUUUAUAAAAACAAAUGCUACGCAACUUGUCCCUUAUACACCUAUGAAACCGAUGACUACCAUUGUGUUGCAUGUCAUUCUUCUUGUGAAACGUGUAAUGGUUCUUCUAAGAAUAAAUGUAUUGGAUGCCGAUCAGGAUUUUUCUUUUUUGAAGGUCAGUCUAACCGAAAUGGUUGA